AUGAUUAAACAGAAAAGAAAUGUUCUGUGUGUUGAUCACAUAUAAUUUAGUGUGUAAAACUGUAAAUACAUUACAAGACAACUUUGAUAACAUGUCUUAAGAUGUUUCAGGUUGUUGCGAAUAAUUUUUGUAGGAUGAUCCACUAAUGUUUUACCAAUAGAUUGUUAUAAGGUCACCUGGAUUUUGUAACUUGUAAAUAAUGUCUCUGGCUUCAUUUCUUAAAGAGUGUUUUUUUUUUUUAAACAUAUCUUACAUAGAUUGACAAAGGAUAUGAAGUAUAAUCAUGAUUUCAUGUCUGAAGUUGAAUUUUAAUCAAGUUUGACAGGAAGUCAAACUACUCGUAAUCUAUUUGUUUGUUUGAAUUUAUAUUAGUUUUUCAGGGGUUUUAAAAUGAAAAUUGUUUUCAACUUAAACUGAAAUGUUUGUACAUUUAAACAAUUAAUUUUAAGUUCAUGUAUUAUAAGACUACAUACCAUGUUUAUCUUAAGUUUCCCAAAACGGGGAUUGCUUGCAGCAAGUGAACCAAUGAACCAGUCUUUUGUAUAGCUACAUGUUGAUUCAGAAUGGCUGUUUAAAGAUUUAACAGAAGCAGUCAUGCUAAUCUGUAUGGGGAAAAAAUAUUCUGGGAUUAUAUUUGCUUUAAUUCAGGGAGGAGUAAUGAUGGAUUUUACAUGUUUGAGUGGCGCGAUGAUGGAUUUUACUUGUUUGAGUGGCGCAAUGAUGGAUUUUAUUUGUUUGGGAUUGGUGGAAUUUAGAUUUAACAUGAGCAAUGGAGGAAUUAUUAACUCGCACAGUAUUUGUAAUAAUUUGAUAUGUUUUGAUUUAAAGGAAUACAAGGUUACAUCUUGUUUGAUAUUAACUUGUUUGCUUUUAUACAUUUAAUAUAUUUACUUUACUGAUUACAUCAUGUAUUGUUGUCUUUGCUGACAAUAAUACACCUUAAUUUCUUCAUAUCUUUGACUACGACAGUGGAAUUUCUUUCCUUGCCUUUAUUUCACAAUUUAUCCGUAAUGUAAGGUUUUUCCUUUUUAAUAAAAAUGAUUGCGUAUCAUGAAAACAAAUGAUUGCGUAUCAUGAAAACAAACAGGAGGAAGCAUUAAAGUAAGGCGUGUUUAUGAUCUAAUUUUGGAUGACAUUUUGAGAUGAUUGUAAUACUGGGCCCAGAUUUUCAAGAGUCAACAAAAUAUAAAGAUCCAAAGUAGCUAUUAAAACUAGAAAAUAUAUCACAACUGUUUUACCACAAUAUUUCUUGUAAAUUGUUUGUUCCUUUUUUGUCAUGUUUGUUUCUUUUUCAUGUCACAAAUUUCUAAUUGUAUUAAUGAAAAGUUGUGUACACUUUGAAAUAAAGUAUGUGCGUUGUCGUGUGUCCUGUAACUUAUACGAUCUGUUUCCUCUCACAAUCAGAGAAGAUCAUUAAAAAAUCGCCUCCCCUGAUUGAAAUCACUCAAAGAAGGGCUUCCUAGCAGGGUACACUCUACGGGUAAUAGUAAAAUCUUAAAUGUCUCGGAACCAAUGGAUCCAAAGAACAGGCCCAUGAACUCAUUCACUCAUGAAUGAUUGUUCAUUAGAGGUGGUUUGGUUAGUAUUCCAUUUUGAAAAGUUAAGUACAUGCCAUUGUAUAAACAACAACAAAAAUACUAUGCAGUCCUUUUUUUGUUGGUCUUGCUGGAGCUAUAAAUUUGAAAAAAAUAGGUAGUUGAAUUUGACAAAUUGCAUGUUAUUUGUAAAAGCUAAUAAUGUAACCUGUAAAUUCUUGUGAAAAUACAUGUAACAGCAAAAAAAGUACAUCUAGUCCUUUUGCAAAAUGAAUCAUCAAUAUCAGUAGGUUUCUUAUUUAAUGUUAAAAGUUCUGACAGUACAGUGCUUGAGAUCUUCUUUCAUUUCUAAAUUAUUCCCGGCUUCUUUUCUUCUGAUAUUUUGUUUCAAUUGUCAAACUAAAAAUCUGUUCAGGUCAUACCUUUUUUCCUGUAUAAAAGACAUAUGUUACUUUGUGAAAAGUCUUGUUAUACUGACAUGUAUAACAAGCACACGGAAAUUGAGACUUAAUAUAAAAAAAAUCUUGCACCAGAUUAUUUAUUGGUAUAAUGGAAUCUUGAAGUUGUUCAGGACUGUAAAAAUGAUUGAUGAGUAAGGUCUAAAAUAUGGUUACAUGCUGUCACUAUUUGGAGAAUAUAAUCCUGAUAUCUGAUGGUUACAUUUCUAAUUUUACAGCUUUUGUUCAUAUUGGGAACUUUUCAUCGAUACACGGAGGAUUCACCUUCAUUGCAGGCAGAGAUCUUGCUUCAUCGGAAAGGAAUAAAGUUCUAACUGAAAGCCUCAAACAUAUCCGGAUCCGAAAGAAAUGCAGAUCAACCUGACUGGAUUCCUCAACCCAAAGAAUGCCCGUACCUUCAUGCAUGAGUUGUGGGAGCUUUUAUGCAGUGCUCAGGAGAACAUUGGUGGGAUUCCAGAAAAGUUCAUUGCGCAGAAAAAAGAGGAAAUUAAAAAAAGACAAGCUGAAAAAGAACGUAUCCAAGCCAGUCUAAAGAAAAGUGAAGAACAAAUCAAGGAGGCAUUAAUGAAGGAAAGAAAGGAACAAGAUAACAAGGAAAAAGAAAGAUCUCCAUCCCAUAGGAAAUCAAGAAGCACCUCACCUAAGGCAAAUAGAAGUAGCAAUGAUAAGAAUGACUCUGAAAAUAAGGAACCAGUAUCAGAGUUGUUGGAUGGAAAAGAUGUAGCACCAUCAGAGACAAAAGCACAGGAAAAUGGAGAGAAAGGAGACGAUAAGGAAAAAGAUGUUUUAAAUCAUAAGGAUGGUGAAAAAGAAGUGGUGAAAGAGGAAAACAAGGAACCAGAAAAGAAAAAGAAGUCCCGUAGUCCAAGCCAGAGUCGCAAAAAAAGAUCAAGAUCCAGGUCUGGUGAUCGUCACAGGCGAAGGAAAUCUAGGUCAAGAUCAAAGAGGCGAUCACCAGGGAGAAAAAGGUCCAGAUCUCGAUCCAGACGUAGAUCACCCCGCCGUUCGAGACCAUCACCAAGGCGCAGAACAUCCCCGUAUCGCAGAAGAGGGUCAUCUCCAAGGCGACGGCGGUCACCAUCACCAAGACAUCGCAGAAGGCCAUCCCCACGGAGAUCUCCUUCACCAAGACGUAGGUCCCCUCGACGACGAGCUGUAUCACCAAGAAGGGAAAGGUCACCAAUUCGAAGGCGUCCCAGCCCAGACCGUAAAAAGCGUGCCCCAAGCUCUGGCUCAUCCAGUGGAUCAGAAGACUCAUCACCGCGGAAACCAUCUGGGAGACAAUCUUCUUCUCCUGAAAAGGAGGAAAGUAGUGCUGAAAAUGCUGAUUCUCCUGGGAAACAAGGGGUACAAAAACGAAGAAAUUAUCGCACACAUGACCCAGAUGCAAAUUCGGACAGUUCCUCCUCUUCAGAUGAUUCCUCAUCAGAGGAUGAAGCCCCAGCUGUAAGAGGUCACGAACGUGAUCAACCACCCUCAUAUGGUCGGUCAAUGCGCAGAUCGGUGUCCAGAGAAAGGAGGCGUCCUUCACCCUAUUCCAGAAGGUAUUCUCCUCCAAGAAGACAAAGUCCAGGUCCCUGGUACGGUAGCAGGAGAAGCCCACCUCGUUAUUCCCCACCCUGGCGACAGUAUCGCAGAUCACCUUCACCGCCUCCUCUAAGGAUGGACAGACGUAGGAUGGGCCACUCUCCCUCAAGAUCUCCACCACCAUACCAGGGUAGAAGGAUGAGGUCACCACCAGGUAGAUUCAGUGACGAGAUGAACAGAAGAAGAAUGUCUCCUCCUGAACGACGUCACCAGUACUCUCCUUCACCACCACCUCAACGCCGUAGAAGAAUGUCCCCUGACUCACCUCCUCCUCGUCAGAGGAGAAUGCCACCUGAGGACUCUCCCCCCCGUCGGCGGAGAAGAAAUUUAUCCAAUUCCCCAGAACCUGUCCGAUGGCAUGCUGACAGGGAAGAAUCUUCUACUUCGCCUCCGCCAAGGCUGAAGAAGGAACGUUCCCCACCACCUAGAGGAAGAAGAAGGUCACCAGAUUCACCCCCAAGGAAAAAGAAAAUUAUCCCCAAAAAAGAAAUGGUGUCUGAUUCAGAUUCUCCUCCACAACUGUCAAGAGAACAAAAUUCUGAAUCUGAAUCAUCAUCUGGGUCACCAGAGCCUCCACCAGAAAGGAGGAAAGGAAAACGCUCCAGGUCUAUGUCUGGAUCUCCCUCACCACAACGUAUGGCACGAAGGAAGCCAUCGCCAUCACCGCAGCGAAGAAGGAACAGAGAGCUAGGAUCACCAGAGCAAAGGAGACGUAAACAAGACUCUCCACCACCCAAAUUGAGGAAGACCGAUACAUCAGAGGAUGAAUCUUCGUCAUCAGAAGGAGAGGAGUCUUCAGACUCUUUUGCUCCUCCACCUCAGACAAAACGUUCUAGAAAGUCUUUGUCUCCUGAUAUGCAUAGAUCACCUGCUCUUAGAAGAAAACAAAGAUCUCCUUCCCCUGAGGUGCAACAAAGACAAAGACAUUCACAGGAAGCUAAGUCACGUUCCUCUUCCACCCAAGGUCAAAAGAAACGUAUGCAGAUGUCACCCAGCCCUUCACCAUCCCCUCCAGCAAAGCGCCGUGAUUCUCGCUUAAGGGAUUCUCCAGAGAGAAACAGACAUGUAGGACAAUCUCCUAGUCACAGAAGAAAGCAAUCCAGAUCUCCUACCAGACAAAGGAGAAAGCAAUCUUCAUCGCCACCUCCACAAAAGAGGAGACAACCUGAAUCUUCUAUCCGACAAAGGAAAAGACCAUCAGUAUCUCCACCUCCGCAGAGGAGGAGACCUUCAGUAUCUCCACCUCCACAGAGAAGGAGACCUUCAGUAUCUCCGCCUCCACAGAGAAGGAGAUCAUCUGUGUCUCCACCUCCUCAACGGAGGAGACCAUCUGUGUCUCCACCUCCACAGAGAAGGAGAUCAUCUGUGUCUCCACCUCCACAGAGAAGGAGACCCUCUUUGUCUCCUCCUCCUCAACGGAGGAGACCCUCUGUAUCUCCGCCUCCACAGAGGAGAAGGCCAUCUGUAUCUCCACCUCCUCAGAGAAGAAGACCAUCCGUAUCUCCACCUCCUCAAAGAGGGAGGCCAUCGGCAUCUCCAGCACAAAGGGGGAGACAUUCUGGCUCACCAACUAGACAAAGGAGGAGACGACAGUCUGAGUCUCCACCUCAAAGGAGAAAGUCAUCUGUUUCUCCUGCUCAACGAGGAAGACCAUCCCCCUCUCCUCCCAAUAAAAGAGGUAAACAAACCCGUUCUCCUGCCACUAGACAACAAUGGGAAUCACCAUCUCCUGAUGCUCCACGUAAGAGGAGGAGCAGGCCUUCACCUAGUCCAGAACCUGUCUCUAGAUCAAGGGGAGAUGAAGGCAGACUGGGUCAGAAAAGGGAUUACAGAGAUGAAGAUAUUCAAAGGACCAUCACUAUUAACCAAGGCAAAAGAGAUUUUGAUAGAGAAAUUUCUCCUGAUUCCCAGCCAGGCAGGGAUGGAGGUUAUGUGGAUAACGAGGACAUUCAGAAGAGGAGGAUCAAGGACAAGAGCCCACCAACAGGAAGUGACUUUGAGGGAUCAGAUGAAGGUGCAGGCAAAAAGAAGAAGAAAAAGGAAAAGAAAAAGCACAAGAAACACAAGAAGCACAAGAAACACAAGCAUAAGAAAAAUAAGGAGGGUGAAAUUGAAGAUGAGGCAUCUGACAGUGAGGAUGACAAUGCUGAGAUGGAGGAGAGAAAAUUGAGGGAGCGUGCUUUACAGUCCAUGCAGAAGGCCAAGGCAUCUGAAUCCUCAAACUGAUCAUCACACCCAUACAUGUGGGAGUUAGAUGAUUAUCUAGUGCAAUUGCUAUAAACCUAUCCUAAAAAUAUUUCAUCAAACUGAAUUUCUAUUUUCUCAUCUGAACAAACACAUUAUACAAGUGUUCAUUUCAAGGUCAACGAAUAGCAAACAUGAGAUGGUAUCAAUCAUUGUGAACAUUUGACAGUGUUGAUAUGCUUUUAAAUUGAAAUAUGAGGUUUCAAUACUUCCUGUCCCGACAACAAUAUAAGAUUUGAGUGCUUUAGUGUGCAACCGUUUCCUUCAUGAGUUAUUCAGCUAUUGAUAUUCAUUAGUUGUGUAGAUGGAUGCUGUUUUACUUAAUUUACCAUCCACCCCAAGAAUUUGAACAGUGAAUGCAUGUUCGACAAAGUGCAUCAAAUGCAAAACGUACAUAACUUUUAUAUCAUUUGAAAUCAUGUAGAUUUAUAAUGUACCAAAAUAUGGCUUUUAAUUAGUAGAGCAGUAUCUCUAAGAGUUCUGCAGAAACUAUAGGGUGUUUACUGUGUAUAUGUAUUGAUGCAUCAUUUGGUGUCUCAUUACCAUUAUGUUAAUGAUAAUUUGUUGCUAUACAUUUUAUGAAAUAAUUGUAUAUAAUAUAGAAAAAAAAACCUUUGAUAACAUAAUUGUGGCAAACAUGAAAAAAUAAAAUUUGUGUGACCUUAA